UGCAGAGCCGCGCAAACUUUCCCUGCAGCUCUGCGGAGACACUUUGGUUCUGUUCUCUUUGAGCUCUGGUUGCCUCCAGAAAGCCAGCCGUCCUCCUCUGAAGAUUCGGAGUAAAAGGAGCUGCCAACCCCUCUUGGACCACUUCCUGUAUACACGCUUCUCAAAGGUGGGGAGAGAGAGAGAAGGAGGGAGAAGAAGUCUAAAAUCGGACACGGGGAUCAUCGCAUCUGCAAAGCUUCUGCUUGGUUGCGCUCUCGACGCCCUGCAGGAUCCUACGAAACAUAAAAAAACAACAUAUUGCAUAAAAAGAAAAAAUCAAAACAGUGCGCCAUAUAGUCCACGGAUGGUGCACACCUUCAAGCCGAGCGCUGAUUCCUCUCUUGGUUUUAGGCGCAGAAUUUGGAGACUCUAAGCGCAAAGACUGCAGGGGGGUUCAUGUACUGGAAAAAUGAAGUUUUGCCCCCUCUCUCAGAGGGAAAAAAGAUUCUGUCUGAAGGAAUUCCAACAAAGCAGGUGAUCUGCACCGAGCAUCAGAGCACACCGGGGACCCCGCGCAGCGCUGUGGACUCCGAACACACGCCGAUGUCUCAUUCGGACGGGGAGUCCCAGCGCUCCAACAUGGAGCGGGAGGACAUCCGCUCUCCUCCCAGCACUCCUUCCACUCCCUCCGUGUGCUCACCGACCUCCACCGCCAGCUCAGUGCCUUCCACCGGGAAGAACGUGUGCGCGAGCUGCGGCCUGGAAAUCCUGGACAGAUACUUGCUAAAGGUGAAUAACCUGAUUUGGCACGUGCGCUGCCUGGAGUGCUCCGUCUGCAGGACAUCUCUUCGUCAGCACAGCAGCUGCUACAUCAAGAACAAGGAGAUAUUCUGCAAAAUGGAUUAUUUCAGGUUUGGUACUAAGUGUGCCCGCUGUGGGCGACAGAUAUACGCCAGCGACUGGGUGAGACGUGCAAGGGGGAACGCGUACCACUUGGCUUGCUUUGCGUGCUACUCAUGUAAGAGGCAGCUGUCUACAGGAGAGGAGUUUGGCUUGGUGGAGGACAAGGUUUUGUGUCGGAUUCACUACGACACCAUGGUGGAGAACCUCAAGCGGGCAGCUGAGAGUGGUAAUGGUAUUACAUUAGAGGGCGCAGUCCCAACAGAACAAGACAGCCAACCCAAACCAGCCAAAAGGGCUCGGACGUCGUUCACUGCAGAGCAGCUACAGAUCAUGCAGGCUCAGUUUGCUCAGGACAACAAUCCUGAUGCCCAAACGCUACAGAAGCUGGCCGACAUGACGGGGCUGAGCAGAAGAGUUAUACAGGUGUGGUUUCAAAACUGCAGAGCAAGACAUAAAAAGCACACGCCUCAGCACAGCGGUGCUCCACAGAGUCAUCCUCAGUCCAGGAUACCCUCGUCGCUGCCCGAUGAGCUGCAUUAUUCCCCCUUUGGGAGUCCUGAGCGAGCACGCAUGGUGGCUCUCCACGGGUACAUCGACAGUUUUACAGGUCAUCCGUUUUCCGUCCUAACCUCUCAGAGCCUCCCUCACCAGACUAUGUCGCUGCCCCAGCUCCCCCUCAGCCGCUAGAUCUCCAUGUGACCCAUGACCUCUGGAUCUUUACUCCGGAUCUGCCGUCAGCCACGCUGUAUGACCUCACUUGAAGAUUGUUCAAGAGUCUCGGAGAAAACACUAAUCUUCCAAUUGCGAACAAAAAGAGAAAGGGACAAAUCUGCCGUCUUCUUCUGUUCUGUUCAGUGGAUGGGAACAUUUAGCCUGUGACCAAUGUGUCGAACCAAUCACCUCCCAGUUUUUAUUAUCAGCAGGAACUCUAAGUUUGUGUUUUACACCAGCUGAUGGACCCGUUCUGCUUCUCAUGUACAGCAUUUUCCACUCUGUUCAACCACCUUCUAACUUUGGGAAUUUCAAACGGAUGUAAAUGAUAAAAGAAGCAGGACUGCAGCUUCUUGAAGGUUGUCAGAUUACUGAAGAUAAAAUUAAAAUGUCACUGUGGCUCAUUGGACAGAGCUCACACAUUAGAGGUAAGACUCCUCCCUUUUUUUCUCUCAAAACGACCAUGAAGGAAAACAAGAUGCAAACAAUAGGUUGUUUACAUUUAAAGUAAUUUUUGCCUUUGAGAUAUUUUGAAGAAAGAAAAAAUACAACCCAAGUUUUCAAACAUAUUUAGGUUAAUUUUAGUGCUUUAGGCAUAACAUUUUGAAACAACUAAAAAAAAUCAAAUGUGCCUUAUUCAUUUUAGUAAAAAAAAAAAGGUUUAGUCACCACCAAAUAAAUGAAAGAUAUUAGACAAUUUUUAAAGAUAUGAAAUCUUUUGAAAAUUAAAUCCACCAUAUUUUUUUUUUAUGUAAACUAAAACAAAAGGCAUAUAAUUGGAUGUUUUUGUUUAUUUUGGCAACACUUCUAAAUCUUCCCUCUAAAGGAAAAUGUCAGUUGAGCAUCUAGUUAAACCAUAUGUGUUUAAAACCAUGUUCGUAUUUUCAGUAAUUUAUGAGAUGGCUUUUUUUUUUCCACUGUUUUUUUUUUAACAAAAGGGAAAUAAAACUUUGGUACAAUAAUGACCCUAUAAAACCAACGGGUUUGUACAUAGUGAGAAGUGUGCAUGUGUUUCUGUGUGUGUGUGGGGGGGAGUGAGUGUGUGUGUAUAUCUUAGUGGCCGUUGUGUGAAAACAGAAUACAACAACACCUCAAAUUCCUUGUAUUUAUUGACAUGAUUAAAAAAAAAAAUCUCUGUAAAAAGCACUUUUUCCCCCCUUUCUGAAACGGUUUUGUUCUGCCAAAAAUAUUAACAAAGGAAGAAAGUAAAAAGAAAUAAAACAAAGGGUUUAUUUGAGAGACUGUGCAUCAUAAAUGUGUUGUGUAAUAAAAUGCAAUAAAACACAAUGUGAUAAUAUGGUCUUGGUGUUUUUUUAAAGGUAAUUUCUUACAAUAAAAAGGCAAAGAUUAUUUCAUUUAAAACAUGAUUGAGGCAGUAGAAAGGCAAAGGAGUGUUAAAUUAGCAUGGAGAGAAUUGAAACCAUCCGUUUAGAGAAUAAGCAAAGCUU